CUUUUACUUAUCUCGGCCGAAAAGGCAUUUUUGACAUUGGCCUUCUUCUCAGCGGCUCUUCAGUCUCUGCGUCUCCUCCUCUUCGUUACGUCUGAAAUCCCGUUAACCAUGAAAGGUGGGAAAUCCAAUGCUAAUACCAGCAUGUUCGACACUAAGCUGAAGGUAAAUGGUGCAGGCGGUGGCCAAAAAGCAUCGAAGAAGACGGCUAAGGAUCCUAACAAGCCAAAGAGGCCCGCAAGUGCUUUCUUCGUUUUCAUGGAGGAAUUUAGGCAGGAGUAUAAGGAGAAGCAUCCUAAAAAUAAAUCUGUCGCUGUAGUUGGUAAGGCUGGUGGAGAUAAGUGGAAAUCUAUGUCAGAGGAUGAGAAAGCUCCAUAUGUUGCAAAAGCAAAGAAAAGGAAGAAUGAAUACAAUAAAAACAUGGAAGCUUACAAUAAAAGAAUGGGCAAUGGAGGAAAUGCUGAUGAAGAAUCUGACAAGUCUAAAUCUGAAGUGAAUGAUGAGGAGGAAGAAGAAGAUGAGUAAUGGGAGGAACUACUUAUGUAGAAUUUGCUUUUAGAGAUACAACUUUGUUUUGGCAUCACCUAACUUAAACAAGUAGUAAAAUGUCUUGACACGCUCACAAAGUACAUGGAGAUCAUAUGCGGAAAAGGAUACCUGCAAUUUCCUCACGUUCUCAUGCAACUUGCUUUCAGCCAUUUUUGCAGCACUUGUCUCCUGCAGCCAAAGACAAAAGAGUGAUGCUACUGUACCCUUAUGUAAUUGAAAGGUGAGGAAAGCUUUGUGAACAUAAGAAAUAAUCAUUAUCGACAUCGCGCAGUGCAUACAGUGGAAGCCCUUUUUUUCUGGCUUAGCUUGAAUCCUACCAAGUUUACUGAUAUUUCUUUUGUGGCAAAAGAGUUUACCAUUGUUUCAGGUAAAGAUUCAUGUUCUGAAUUUUUAAGAAA